AUGUGCAUUGAUAGUGCAGUAGCCAUGAUGUCAGAGAUGAAGAUUGGAUUACGAGUUAAAGUCCAAUCUAUCUGUCAAUUACCCAUGUGUCUUCUUUGCCAGCAAACUUUGAGCAAUGAAGCUAUGAAACCUUCACACUUGAAAUAUCAUUUUGAUUCCAAGCAUUCCAACAAAAAAGACAAACCAUUGUCAUAUUUUCUGCAACUUAAGGCCUCUCUCGAAAACCAGAAAACAAUGAACACGAUGUUUACAGAAGCAACUGUACAGGAAAAUGAUGGUAUGAUUGCGCCGUACAAUAUUGCAUUACUGGCGGCAAAGACCGGGAAGUCCUACACUAUAGGAGAAACAUUGCUUCGACCUGUCGAAGUCUGA